GGUGUCGCGGUGGUGCCUGCAUUUGAAGGCGACGUCACGGCUGUCGUUUAUUUCGGGGUCUAAUCAUCGACAAAACAAAUAAUUGUAACAAGAUCGUUAAUUGACACACUUUUAACCUCCGAAAAUUUAUACUUCUUCUCGAUCGCAAGUCCUGAGGCGGUUGUAAUGACGGGGAAUUCCAAUAAUUUUAAUGAGCUCGCUGGUAGUUUGAAGAAAGAGUAAGUCGGGGAGGGGAGCCAUUUUGUCCCGACAGUGCGAGAGAAAGAAAGAGUGGAAAAGGGGAAUCACACGGGAUACAAUUUUUGUGGGGUGGUUUUUAAUUCAAAUGCUGUAAGAGAACCCGUUUUGUUACUCUUCGGUUACUGUUGCGACACACUACCCCUGGUGGUAUAUAGCUAACUAGCCAACUAGAUAUCAACAUAACUCAAAUAUUACACACCGUUCCUCUGCUUGUAACUCAGGCUGGCUCUAGACCUGCGGUAGAUAGUUUCUGCUCUGUCCUGCGAACACAACUUGUCUAUCGAUGGCGAAGAAGACCUACGACCUGCUCUUCAAACUCCUGCUGAUCGGGGACUCGGGCGUGGGGAAGACCUGCGUGCUGUUCCGAUUCUCAGACGAUGCCUUCAACACCACCUUCAUCUCCACCAUAGGAAUAGACUUCAAGAUCAAAACUGUUGAACUCCAGGGAAAGAAGAUCAAACUACAGAUAUGGGACACAGCUGGACAGGAGCGGUUCCACACCAUCACCACGUCCUACUAUCGAGGCGCCAUGGGCAUCAUGCUGGUCUAUGACAUCACCAACGCCAAGAGCUUCGAGAACAUCAGCAAGUGGCUCCGCAACAUCGACGAGCAUGCCAACGAGGACGUGGAGAGAAUGCUGCUAGGCAACAAGUGUGACAUGGAGGACAAGAGGGUGGUACCAAAAGCCAAGGGAGAGCAGAUUGCCAGAGAACAUGGUAUUAGGUUUUUUGAGACGAGUGCCAAGGCCAACAUCAGCAUCGAGAAGGCUUUCCUCACGCUAGCAGAAGACAUCCUCAGGAAGACGCCCGUCAAAGAGCCCAACAGUGAAAACGUGGACAUCAGCGGUGGGAGUGGAGUCACAGGAUGGAAGAGCAAGUGCUGCAGUUAGAACAACCCUGUCUGUCCCUCACACACACACACUAACGCACGGAAGCACACACUCUCUAACCGCUAACUCAGUCUCUCUAACACUCUAUCUGUUCUCUCUAUCUCCAUCUGUUCUCACUGACAAUAAACCACUUCAGUCUUCUGUACCCCCCCUCCUCAUGGUCUGUACCCCCCCUCCUCAUGGUCUGUACCCCCCCCUCCUCAUGGUCUGCACCCCCCAUAGUCUGAUGUCAUCUUUCUGAAAAUCAGUUUUGGUAAUACGAGAUCAUGUUUCCUGUUUAUUUUAAAGGUUGCAAAACACGAGUCAAAAGUCAGUCACCUUUUUAAUCUUUGCCUGAGUCCACCGGGUCCCCUCACCGUCGGUCAGGAAAAUAAAUAAAAUAAAAAAACUAAAAAGACAAAUGUAGGACUAACAUUUUGUACACUAGUGGGUUUCUGAGACGUGUUUGGUCAUUUUGAGUUUUGUAACUGAGGGUUUAUUUUGUCCUGUGCCUUAUAUGGAAGACGGGGGCGGAGCCACAUCCACCCAAUAAAAUUAGUUUAAUCUUCUUGCUCCUCCCAUAGUGAGGCCCAGCAGAAAGGUUUGAAUUUCUGCUCCAACCAGAGAACAGCUUGUUAGGAUGUCUGCUCCACGAUGGGGGAUUGUUUUACAUUUUGAUUUAUUUUCCUUUAUUGGGGGUUUAAAUUUUCAUGCAUGCAGAUGUGUUUGGGUUGGAAGCGUUUGUAAUAUGUUGUUUCUGUAAUGUUGGAACCCUCGGCUGUAUGGAAGGAGAUUGAACGUUCUCAAGAAAAUUCAAACAGUUUUGCAGAUCCAUUAAAAAUAAGCUUGUUUAAGUUA